CACCGCAAUGACUGGCGAAGGCCACUCAUGAGCACCUGGAGGUACGCGGUGAGCUUGCAGAUGUCUCCCCAGAAUCUCUCAUUUUCAGACUCACUGCACAUAGCAAUUCUGGCUUCCAUACUUUCUCUCAUCAUUUACUGGCUCAUCAGAGACCGUCAGAGAGUUAGAAAUCUGAGUGGAAAGUAUGUCUUCAUAACAGGCUGUGACACCAGACUUGGAAAUGCACUGGCCAAGUGGCUUGACAAAAAGGGAUUUUGUGUCAUUGCUGCAUGUGUCACUGAACAAGAAGGCCAAGAACUACAGUCCUGCUCCUCACUCUCCCUGAAGACAGUGAAUCUGGACUUGGCUGACUCCAGCAGCAUCUCCAGGGCUGUGGUAUUUGUGGCAGAGGAAACAGCAGGCAAGGGGCUUUUUGGCUUGGUGAACACUGCUGAAGGAACAACACCUGCAGCACCCACAGACUGGCUGAGGAUUGAUGACUUCCACUCAGUGCUGGAUGUUAAUCUACUGGGAUUGAUUGAAAUCACGCUCAAACUUCUACCACUUCUGAAAAAAGCUGAGGGAAGAGUAGUCAAUCUAAUCAAUGCUAACGGCUUCAUGGCAUUUGUAGGGAGUGGCUACAACUUGUCCAAAUGGGGCAUGGAAUCUUUUUCUGACAUCUUACGGAGAGAUAUUCAGCACUUCGGAGUGAAAGUAAGCAUUGUUGAGCACAGUUUCUUUAAUGCAAAAGUUAAUUCAGGUGUCAUGGAAAGAGACCUCUUAAGACUUUGGAACAGACUGCCUAAUGAGAUCAGAGACUCCUAUGGAGAAGGAUACUUUUCUGAAUAUAGAAAAGCUCAAAGAUCAUCAGUGAAAAGACUGUGCAACUCCAAUAUUUCUAAGGUCAUAAAAUGCAUGGAACAUGCCCUGAUAGCAAAGUACCCCAGGACACGAUACGGAGCUGGAUGGGAUGCAAAGUUCUUUUGGCUGUUUCUCUACUAUGCCCCAAGCUGUUUAUCUGACAUGCUGUUUUACAUGAUGUUUCCAGCUCCAGCAGCUAGUGGGAGUUCAGUCCCUGAAGUUCUAAUCAACAUUUAGUACUAUAACCAUUAUCAGCUCCAUGGAAAUAACUCAUAAUCCUCUCAAAAACAGUUGAUAUCUCCUCUUUACAGUUACUAGACUGCUUAAAUUCCCUUCAGAAAACACUUUCUCCUACUUACUUGAAAUUUCUGAGUUUGUAUAUAAGACUUGUGAACCUACAACACUUUUUUGUGCCCAGAUGUAAUACAUCUGUAAUAU